UUGUAUGGAUAAAAAAAAUAUAUUAUUUAUCUUUAAUGUCCAUAGUAUAUUUAAAUAGUAUUACAAUGUAUUCGUUUUCUUUAUAACAGUAAAGUAUAAAAAGUCGUAAUGCAGAAGCCAAUCUAAAUUGAAACGAACCACGAGUGUCCCAUACAUACCCAACUACGACUACUAACUACAGCAUAACAAGACCGACAUUUUUCUUCCGUGCAUUUUCCAUUUUUGUACAAAUAUUUUUCCUAGUUGUCCCAGUAAGACGUUUCAUUGCUACACUGAAAUUAUCAAUAAUCAGUUAAAGAAACACCUUCGAAAUUACGGAGACUACGGAUGACGGAUGACACACAGUUAUUGGUGUACACUUAUACUAUUACUAUUACUUGUGUGUACAAGAAAUUGUGACCGAUUCUGUACGAUUGACGAGUUUUUUUGUUGUUGUUUACACAAGUGUGAAGAGCCUCAUAAAUGUUAAGUGAUAUUAUUACCAAACAUAAUUGAUAGGUACCUAAUUAUAGUUAUUUUUUAUUUAAAAAAAAAAACUGUUGAACUAUUAUCGCAAACAAGAUGGUUUAAUGAGCACGUGCGGGCAUAAAAAUGAACUUCAAGCAAAGAUUUAUUUUAUUACUUCUAUUUGUAGUGCUAAUAAUAUGCUUUCUGUUGUAUUCUCUGUUAGAAAACCAAAAUGUUCACAGUGCUUAUGAAACAGUUAAAACAUCAAUUUCUCGUGUGGAAAAACUACAAUUCCAAACAAGGGAUGAAAAUUUUGAGUCUUUUGUACAAAACAUAGAUAAUGUUCUUAGAAAAAACGUGCCUGAAACAUCUAGUUCACUCGUGCCUGUCUUGCAAAAUAACUUAGAAGAUACAUUUUUGUCCAGUGGAAUUUGUGAUCCAAAUAUUAAUACAUGGGAUUUAUAUGAUAAACUAAAAUUUGAUAAUAUUGAUGGAGGUGCAUGGAAACAAGGUUGGGAUAUUCAAGUAACUAAAGGACGAUGGAAUGUUAAUAAUAAAUUAAGGGUGUUUGUGGUGCCUCAUUCUCAUAAUGAUCCUGGAUGGAAACGAACAUUUGAAGAAUACUAUCAAAGUGAUACUAAAAGUAUAUUAGAUAAUAUGGUUAUUAAGCUAUCAGAAGAUCAUAGGCGCAAGUUUAUUUGGGCAGAAAUAUCUUAUUUAUCACUGUGGUGGAAUGAUAUCGACCAAAAUACAAAAAUUAAAGUGAAAAAAUUAAUUGACAACAGACAGUUGGAAAUAGUCACUGGCGGUUGGGUAAUGACAGAUGAAGCUAACUCCCAUUAUUCAUCAAUGAUAACUCAGCUUACUAAUGGUCAUCAAUGGUUGAUGAAAAAUUUAAAUAUAACUGCCAAUUAUAGUUGGUGUAUUGAUCCUUUUGGUGUAUCACCAACUAUGCCUUAUAUAUUGAAUAAAAUGCAAUUUUCUAGUUUGGUCAUUCAACGAACUCAUUAUAAUAUAAAAAAAUAUUUAGCUAAACAAAAACAAUUGGAAUUUCGAUGGAGACAACAUUGGGAUACAGAAUGCAAUAGUAACAAAAACGAACUUUUCACUCAUAUGAUGCCAUUUUAUAGUUAUGAUAUACCUCAUACUUGUGGGCCAGAUCCAAGUAUUUGUUGUCAAUUUGAUUUUAAAAUGUUAUCAAUGUUUGGACUUUUUUGCCCUUGGAAAGUAUCUCCCAUACCAAUUACUUUAUCAAAUGUAAAAAAAAGAGCACUAUUGUUACUGGAUCAAUAUAGAAAAAAAGCUGAACUAUAUAAAACAAAUGUGCUACUUGUUCCUUUAGGGGAUGACUUUCGGUAUACAUCUGCUAAAGAAUGGGAUUCCCAGAUGAAUAAUUAUCAAAAAUUAUUCGACUAUUUGAACAGCAACAGUGAAUCAUUAUUUGUAGAAGCAUCAUUUGGUACGCUAAGAGAUUAUUUCGAAGCAGUUGAAGAGUCUUCUAGUUUUAAAAAUUUUCCAUCACUAACUGGUGACUUCUUUACUUAUGCAGAUAAAGAUGACAAUUAUUGGAGUGGAUAUUUCACUUCUAGACCUUUUUACAAAUGUAUGGACCGAGAACUUGUUGCUAAAUUGAGAUCAGCAGAAAUUCUUUAUUCCUUAGUAUGGCUUAGUACACCUUUGAAUUUGACUACCUGGUUAUGGAAACCAGAUUCAGAAUUGUAUAAUUAUUUACAAGCUGCAAGAGAUGCUCAUAGUUUAUUUCAACAUCAUGAUGGCAUAACAGGAACAGCAAAAAAUGCAGUAGUUAAUGACUAUGCACAAAAGAUGUUGGAUUCAUUAACUAAUCUAAAUCAUAUUAUUCAACAUUGUAUUUAUUUCCUGUUAUAUCAAGAAAAGGAGCAAUACAUAUUUGAUGCUAGUAUCAAAUAUUUUGAGGCAGAUUGUUCAAGAGUGUACACUAAUAGUGUAGCGCAAUGUCGAGUAACAGCAUUUGCUAAUAAUCAAGAUUCUCAAAGUGUAAUUGUGUUCAAUCCUCUGACAUCUAUCAUAAGACAAGAAAUCAUUACUUUAGUUGUAGCAAAUGAAAAUGUUAAGGUAGUUAAUUCAGAGGGUGCAGAUGUUUCAUUUCAAAUAGAUGCUACUUGUAAUCUUCUGGAUUCACUAUUACCAACUCCAUGUUUCCAAUUACAUUUUAUUGUUGAACUUGGUCCAUUAGAAAUAAAAAAAUAUAUCAUCAUCAACAUGCCUACGGAUAUCAGUACCAAAAAGUAUAUGUCAAAAAUUAGUGCCUAUAACCCUAAAACUGAUGCAAUCUUGGAUCCUAGGAUAAAUAUUAUAAGUAAUGGACUUACAGAAUUUUCAUUAGAAAAUGAAAAAAUUGUGGCAUCAUUUGGUCGUAAUGGUUUAUUAAAAAACAUUACUCUUAAAUCUUCUGGAAAACAAUAUCAAGUGCUUUUGAAAUUUGUGAAAUAUGAUGCUGCCCAUGGUCCAGAUAUGAGUGGAGCUUAUUUAUUUAUGCCAUCAGGAGAAGCUAUUGAUGCUCAUGUCUCAGAACAGCAGCCUACAAUUUAUGUGAUUAAUGGACAUGUUUUAUCACAAGUUAUAAUUCAGUUUAGUAACGUGAAACACUCCGUGAUUAUUCGUCAUACAAAAGAUUGCAAUGAUGUUGAAAUACAAAAUUUAGUAGACAUUAGAAAAGAAAUGAAUUAUGAAUUAUCAAUGAGAGUUACCACAGAAGUGAAAAAUAAUAAUAUUUUCUAUACAGAUUUAAAUGGAUUCCAAAUGACUCGGAGAAAAUAUUAUAAAAAACUACCUAUCCAAGGAAACUUUUACCCAAUGUCUAGUGCAAUGUAUAUAGAAGAUGACACUACUAGAAUAUCAUUAUUAUCAGUACAACCUUUGGGUGCUUCAUCAUUGCAUAAUGGUCAAAUGGAGGUUAUACAGGAUCGCCGAUUGAGGCAAGACGAUAAUCGUGGAUUAGGCCAAGGAGUUAUGGAUAAUGUACCUACUCGGACAUUGUUCAGGAUACUUGUUGAAGAAAACAUUGGUAACUGUCAGAUGGAUUUACCGCAUUUAACGGAACUCGGGAUGACAUCUAUGUCGACAAUGCUGUAUCCUCUGACAACAUUAUUAGAAACAUCAAAAUUUGAUCAUCUUGAAGAUACAUACAUUACCAAAAAGUUGACAACACUGCCAAAUGAUGUCCACUUAGUUACAGCAUCACUAAUUAUUCAACAAUCAAAAUCAGCUGUAGGUUUGAUUUUUCAUAAAACCCAGACAACUCAGUGCUAUGGUUUCAAAAAAAUUAAUCAGAAUGAUUCAAAUACAAUUGAUUUAAAACCAAUUAUUUCAUCAACAACUGAAAAUAUUACUGUUUACGAAUCUUCACUAUCUUUUGUGCACAUUGGAUCAAAAGUAAACGUUAAUAAACCACAAAUAAUGGAACCAAUGGAACUAAAAGGGUAUGUAAUAAAAAAAUGAAAAAUUGUACUCGUUUAAACUAUAUGGUUUGGAAAUUUGACAAGUUCAACCAAAACAAGCUAAGACCACUAUUGUGGUAUCUGUUGUAAAAAAAAAUCUCAAAAAAUGUGAUAUUUUAAUGUUUUAUUCUUUACCUAAGCAUAUUUUGUGAA